AAAUUCAGACUGUUUACGAACUACUACCAGGAGGCGAGUUACGUAAAAGAUUACAAUUUUUAAUCUUUGAAACACUCGUAAUUGCCGAAAUCAGUUAUCACCACUGUGCUGGACUAUUACCAGUGGUUUAAAGUGCCUGUAACUUUUCAUUUCCAUUAAAUAUUAAGUCUGCGUGAGACCACAGCAAAAUGUUGCUCAGACGUCUUGCUCUCAUAGUAAUAUGUGCUACCUGUGUCUACACUACUUCAGUGAAAAAUAAUUCAUCCGUUGAUAUUGUCGAGACAUUCCAUAAUCCAAUUUUGGAUUUUGUAUCACCGGAUCCACAAAUUCUCUACCUGAAUGGAUUUUACUACAUGGUUUUGUCAUCGGACAAGUGGCCGUACGUUAACGGAGGAAUUCUUGUAUACAAGAGCAAAACAUUAACCGACUUCCGCGCUUCGCCAGUGAGAAUGGUUUACCAUGUUCCGCAAGGCAUGGCCAAUCUUUGGGCACCUGAACUACAUUUUAUUCGGGGAAACUUGUACAUCUACUUUGCUAUGGACGAUGGAAACAAUGAUUAUCACAGAAUGUAUGUCAUUAAGGCGUACGAUUCGUCCGAUCCGAUGGGGGAAUGGGGCCCGGCUAAAAGAAUGUAUACCGAAGAUGAUAUCGAUUACUGGGCAAUCGACGGAACUGUUAUGGAAUACAAUAGCAAGCUUUACUUUAUUUGGAGCGGUUGGCCUGACGUCGGUGUUGGUUUCCCACAAAAUCUGUAUAUAGCUGAGAUGUGCGAUCCAGAGACAAUUUGCAGUAAGCGGGUUCUACUUAGAGAACCGAAAUUCGAUUGGGAAGGUCCUUUUAUAUUAGAAGGCCCAUAUAUAUUGCAAAGAGCUGGCAGAGUUUUUCUUGUCUUCUCUGCACAUACAACGUGGGGACCUGACUAUUGUCUUGGAAUCAUGGGACUCGAUAAUAUGCAGGAUGCUAUGGAACCGAAAAAUUGGUGGCAUAACAACGAUGGCUGUAUAUUCUAUCGUAACGACAUUGAAAAUGUGUUUUGUACUGGACAUGCGUCCUUCACCACUUCACCGGAUGAACUCGAAACAUGGAUUGUUUUUCAUGCAACAAAUGAUGUAAAUGACCCUGGCAGUCGACGGGUAGCUCGCGUAGAAAAAUUAAACUGGGAUAGCAAUUAUAUGCCAAUAUUUCCUCGUCCAUCUGGUGAUUCAGUCCCGUUGCCAGUACCAUCCGGCCAAGUUCAAGAAACUUAUAUCAAUCCCAUAAUCGAUGGUCUUUCGGCUGAUCCUUCCGCCAUAUUGAUAGGCGAAUGGUAUUACUUUGUCGUUUCCACUAAUUCCGAAAGGGAAUUGACAAUUUUAAAGAGUAGAUGGCUAACCGACUUUCGGGAAGCAGACAGGAGUGUAGCGUAUUCGGCACCAGCAGAGCAUAGUAAUGUGUGGGCAGCUGAAAUGCAUAUGAUCAGAGGAGAACUGUACAUGUAUUUCACACAAGACAGAACUGGAGAGUCCCACAGAAAUUAUGUAAUCAAAGCGAAUGACCCAAACAACCCAAUGGGUGAAUGGAGUACUCCGACAAGACUAAUGCCUGAAGACAAUCAUUUCUCUAUCGAUGGAACCGUUCUUCAAUAUGAAAACGGCCGACUAUACUAUAUCUACUGCAGCGUUGACGAUGGGGUUCCGAUGAGCCUUUAUAUCGCACCAAUGAGCAGUCCCAUGACAAUCAGCGGUCCCCGAGUACUGCUUCGUUCACCACAUUCCGAAUGGGACAACCACGGCGGACCAGUCAACGAAGGUCCAUUUAUUGUACAAAAUGCUGACAGAGUUUUUCUUGUUUUUUCCGGGUCGUCCACCUGGACACCCAAUUACUGUCUCAGUAUGAUGGGAAUCGAUAAUGUGAAAGAUCCACUAAUCCGAUCCAAUUGGUGGGACGAUUUAGACCGAUGUCUGUUCUCGAAAAAUGAAGAAGAGGGAAUUUAUACGACUGGUCAUGCUUCAUUCACCACCUCUCCUGAUGGAACCGAGACUUGGAUGCUUUACCAUGCAACAGAUGAUCCCAACAGCAAUGAGGAUUCGACUAGAAUUGCAAGAGUUGACAGAAUUACGUGGGCCGAAGAUCACGCACCGAUAUUUCCACGGCCAACUAAUCAACGACAACCAUCGCCAAGCGGUCAAACUCGCUAUGUAACGGAAAAUGCGGGCGCAUUCAUUCAUUUUACACCAAUCAUGGUACUAAUUUCUGUGAUUUUUCUUCAUUUCUUUAUUUAAAUUUAA